AUGUCAGUAUUAUCUGCAUCACAAACAUUAUCAAUGAUUGCAACACCAUUAAAUUUGUUAUUUUCAGCAAAAGCAUCAGCCUAUAAAAUAUUUACAACAAUUGAUAGAAUCCCAGAUAUUGAUUGUCAGUCUAUUGGAGGUGAAUGUCCAACUGAGUGUAAUGGGAAUAUUAGAUUUGAUGAUGUUCAAUUUGUUUAUCCAACAAGACCAUCUCAUCAUGUAUUAAAAGGAAUUGACCUUGAAAUUAAGAAAGGGAAAACAAUUGCAUUAGUUGGAGCAUCAGGAUGUAGAAAGUCAACUACUAUUCAAUUAAUCCAAAGAAAUUAUGAACCAAAUGGUGGAAGAGUAACAUUAGAUGGGAAAGACAUAAGAGAGUUGAAUAUCAAAUGGUUAAGAAAUCAAAUAGGAAUAGUUGGACAAGAACCAGUGUUAUUUUCAGGAAGUGUUAUAGAUAAUAUUAAAAGAGGAGUGUCUGAAGGAGUUGAAGUAAGUAAUGAACAAAUUUAUGCUGCUGCUAAAAUGGCAAAUGCACAUGACUUCAUUUCAGCAAUGGCAGAAGGAUAUGACACAAUAAUUGGAGAUAGAGGUGCACAAAUUUCAGGAGGACAGAAACAAAGAAUUGCUAUUGCACGUGCAUUGAUUAGAAAUCCAAAAGUGUUAUUACUUGAUGAAGCUACAUCAGCACUUGAUACACAAAGUGAAAAGAUUGUACAAGAAGCACUUGACAAAGCAUCAAAAGGAAGAACAGCAAUUAUUAUUGCACAUAGACUAUCGACUAUUCAAAAUGCAGAUCAAAUAUGUGUUAUUAUGAGAGGAAAAAUAGUAGAACAAGGAACACAUCAAGAAUUAAUGGAUUUGAAAGGAUUUUAUUAUACACUUGCUAUGCAACAAUUUGGAACUGUGAAUUAA